AUGGAUAAGGACGAGCGUGUCUUUUAUCGGGAUCUCCCGAAAGUGGAGCUGCACGCUCAUCUCAACGGCUCGGUGAGCUUCCAAACCAUGGAGAAGCUCAUUAAGAGGAAGCCACAUCUCAACAUUGAACACCAUAUGACGGCCAUUGACAAAACCCAGCGGAGAACGAUGGGCGAGUGUUUUCAGGUCUUUAAGGUCAUUCAUCAGUUGGUGGACACAGAGGAAGACCUCUUGAUGGUGGCCACAGAUGUAAUCAAAGAGUUUGCAGCUGAUGGUGUCAAAUAUCUGGAGUUGAGGAGUACACCAAGAGAGAUGAAAACCGGUUUAACCAAAAAGGGGUAUGUGGACACAGUUAUAAAAGCCAUUCAGCAGUGUAAAGAAGAGGAGGUGGACAUUGACGUAAGGUUCCUUGUUGCCAUCGAUCGCAGAAAUGGGACUAAGGUUGCCAUGGAAACGGUAAAGCUGGCCGAGGAGUUUAUGUUAUCGACUGACGGCUUGGUGGUUGGACUUGACCUCAGCGGGGAUCCAAAUGUAGGCCAUGGAAGAGACCUCCUUCCUGCCUUGCAAAAAGCCAAGAACAGCGGACUCAAGUUGUCGCUGCAUCUGUCAGAAGUUCCGUCACAGCUGGAGGAGUCGGAGCUCCUGCUUAAUCUACCUCCGGACCGGAUCGGUCACGGCACCUUUCUGCACCCCGAUGUUGGCGGCUCACAUAGCCUUGUUGACAAAGUGGUAAAGAAUAAAAUACCUUUGGGUAAGGCAAAACUUUGCUUGACUUCAAACGUCAUCGGACAAACUGUCCCAAGUUACGCCCAACACCACUUUAAGUACUGGUACCAGUUGGGCCACCCAUGUGUCAUCUGUACGGACGACAAGGGCGUGUUCAGUACAGACUUAUCUUGGGAAUACAAGAUGGUGGCGUCCACUUUUGGGCUGGGUCGCCAGGCCAUGUGGACGAUGUCCCGCCAGGCCAUCAACUGCAUCUUUGCCACAGACGACGUCAAGCGGCGGCUCGAGCAAAAAUGGACUCAGUUACAGCCUUGUGUGCUCAAAUAA